AUGGCAUCAUCCCAUGUUACCCAGCGCGCCUCGACAUCGGCUUCCGAUAUUCCCCUCGCCGACCUCGAGAAGGGAUCGCACACGGCUUCUAGUCCAGACAAUUCCCGCUGGAAUGGUUUCUCUCAAUUCCAUCCCUCCAACAUACUAGCGAACCCCGACAAUGGGCUGGCCCCAAAAGGACCGCGGGAUGAUUGGAUCGCCCAAGCGGAAGAUGCCUUUCACUCCUUGACGAUUGCCUUGACCCCAAGCUUCCUACAGCGUUAUGUCGGUGCCAACCCCCCACAGCCGGCCAAACUGCACGCCAUCGCCGCGCUGGACGGGCUCCGUGGUUGGGCCUGUUUGCUCGUCUUCAAUUUCCACUUCCUCUUCACAUAUACCUGGAAAGUCGCGGUCGGAUGGGGUUUCGCCAAUGAGAACUUUGGCAUUCAUCAAUUGCCCAUUGUUCACAUGUUAAUCUCGGGCCAUAUCAUGGUAGCCAUCUUUUUCGUCAUCUCUGGCUACGUUCUCUCCUACAAACCUCUCAAGACCAUCCGCUCCCGCUCCUUCGAACAAACUUUUACUGUUUUGGCCUCGUCGACUUUCCGCCGAGCCUUACGACUCUAUAUUCCUUCAAUUAUCGGGCUGGCUUGUGUCUUUGUGGCGGUCCGCUUGGGGCUGUACAACUACUCCUGGGGCGUCAUCAAGGAAGGCCAUACCAUUCUCGGCACCAAUGAGCAACAUCCUCCAGUGUACAAAUCUCUCUACAAGCAGUCCUGGGACUUUUACUACACCGUUGCACACCUCAUGAAUCCAUUCGACUGGGGUCUUUAUUACAACAACUACAACCCACAUCUGUGGACCAUUCCUGUGGAAUUGCGGAGCUCGAUGGUGCUCUUCCUGGUAGCUCUUGGCACUUCCCGUCUCGCCGCACAGUUGCGCAUGCCGAUCGUUGCGACCUUGAUUUGGUUCUGUAUGCGCUACGGUCGCUGGGAUGUAGUCCUCUUUUUAAUUGGUAUGUUGAUGGCCGAGAUUGAUCAGAUCAACGGAACAUGGGAGAAGGCUCCCAACGCGGUCGACGAGAAACCCAACAUUCGUCUCAUUCGUGGAGGCAAGGUGCUAGCCAGCAUAUCUCGCCGCCGCUUCUGGAUAUUUGUGUUUGUUGUUGGCCUGUAUUUUGGAUCAACGCCCAACAUCGGAUACAAGUGGACGCCGUUCUACCGAUGGAUGUGGGACGCUACACCAUGGACUUAUCCCGAACCUCAUCGCUUCCCCAGACCAUCGGCGCCGCGCUGA